AGAGAGUCCACAAGUGAGAGUUUAGUCUGUCGCAACGUGUUGAUCGCACGCUACCUUGAGAUGAGCGAGUAUUAAACAUUCCGAAAAUAGUGUGGUGAUUACAAAUAAAUUUUAUCUAAAAUCCGCCAUAAAACUAUCGGAUUAGGGGACAGUGCCUGUCAUAAAUAUGGGAUUUUUAAUUUUAAUUAAUUAAUCUAUAAUUUAAAAAAUAUAGUUAUAGAUCUAUGCAACGUUAAUGCCAUUAUAUUGAAUCAAUUAUUUUUGUCGAAUUGAACAUUUUUAACGUUCAGAAAUAUAUCAUAAAUCACUGACUUAAACCAAUUGAUGUGAUUGAAAACUUGUUCUCGCUCAUAAAUCAUAAACCAUCAGAGUUUGUGGAAGUGUCAGUGCCACGUGUUGUUGUUCCUGCGAAAAUGUGGCUGAUGGCGGCAGCACUGAUCCAUAAUAAUUUAUCGAAUUAAUUAUAACGCCGUGGAUGAAAGUUAAGUCAACUUUAAUAAGUGCAUUUGAUAUAGUUGACGCUCGCGUGGCAUAAUUAAACAUAUGCUAAAUGAAACUGAUAUUUGCACAUUUAAUGAGUCUCCUGAAGUAACUAUUUUCAUUUAAAACAGAAAGUUUUUAUAUGUCCAAUUGUCGACCAUGUCGGCUAUUUUCGAAUAAACUUCUUGUUCCUCUUGUGAUGUGUUUGUGCAUGAGGUAUUAAUCCUCAUAUAACAUUUAUGCUCACGGAUUACGCUGCAAUUAUCUUUGUGUAUCUUAUUUAAGGAAACAAAUGGCCCUUAAUUCUAAAAAACAAUUUGCGAUGGCUACAGGAAUAGACAAUCCCGCUUACGAUGCAUCGGCAAACAGAUUGUCGGACGUUCCGGACAUGAACGAGACUAUGACGGGACUUCCGGAUCAAUUCGGAGAUGGACCUCGCAAAAUGGAUUUCAAGCCAGAAGUGGUGAAAGAUGUUACUGAUCAAUCAGCGAACAAUCAACAAUGCGGAUGGUUAUGGUUCAGACCAAUUUGUCUACAAAAGUUUCGCACCGCUAAAUGGGCCUUAUUUUGGUUGUGUUGGGCUGGAGCUGUGCAAGGGAUGGUUGUCAACGGCUUUAUCAAUGUUGUCAUAACGACGAUCGAGAGACGAUUUGGUUUGCGAUCGUCAGAGACAGGUUUGAUAGCUGGAGGAUACGACAUUGCUAGUUUUCUCUUGUUAGUACCGGUCAGCUACCUAGGGGGUCGCUCUAAUGCAUCCAAACCCAGGUACAUCGGAGUGGGUAUCCUAGUCUUAGGUUUAGGUAGUUUAUUGUUCGCGUUACCUCAUUAUCUCGGCGGACCAUAUCGGGGUGGCGAUCAAUCAGAAAAUGUAUGCAAAAGGAUGACGAAUAACACGUCAAACACAGAGAUAUGCGAUGGUUCUCCUGACCAGGUGGAGCUCGAGCCCUAUAGUGGCGUCUACUUGGUCAUCUUCUUGAUGGCACAAUUGUUGCAUGGCGCCGGUGCGGCACCAUUUUUCACCCUCGGCGUCACGUAUUUGGACGAAAACGUGUCAAAGAAGAUGUCAUCUGUUUACUUAGGUAUAUACUACACCAUGGCCAUAAUAGGACCUGCGCUUGGUUAUGUCGUUGGUGGUGAGCUACUUAAGUUCUACACAGACUUCCUCGUCGUAGAUGCCUCAUCACUCGGAUUGACGCCUGACAGCAACGUCUGGGUUGGUGCCUGGUGGAUAGGCUUUCUAGCAGUAGCAGUAAUUUGCUUUGUGAUAGCAAUUCCACUUCUUGCAUUUCCGGCAAUCUUACCGGGAUCCGAAGAAUUGGCCAAGGAACGUGUGUCUGAAGCUCACGAAAAGUCAACUCAGUCUUCUGGGAAUGGAACCAGUGAAGCGUUUUCGAAAAUACGCGAACUUCCCCGAGCGCUUACUAAACUUCUGGGAAACCCAGCGUUUUUUAUGCUUAACCUUGCUGGAGCAAGUGAGGGUUUACUUAUCGCUGGAUUUGCUGCUUUUCUACCUAAACUCAUUGAAAAUCAGUUUAGCGUUAGUGCCAGUUCAGCCGCAUUACUUAUGGGACUCGUUACUGUACCUGCUGGAGGUGGUGGAACAUUCUUAGGUGGUUAUCUGGUGAAACGCUGGAACUUGCCUUGUUCAGGAAUCCUUAAGUUCUGUCUAUUCUCCACUGCAGCAUGCAUAAUUUUUACACUGUGCUUCGCAUUAAAUUGUCCAAACCUAGGUUUUGCUGGUUUAACAGUACCCUACCAUAAUUCUAUUAGUAAAGGAUUAUCACUGAAUGAUACCUGCAACAGUGGUUGUGGCUGCUCAAUAUUUGAAUUUAAUCCGAUCUGUGGCGUCGACAAUGUCACCUACUAUUCUCCCUGUCAUGCAGGUUGUAACAAGGAAGUCUCAAUAAACAAUGUUAAGGUGUACUCUGACUGCAGCUGCAUUGACCAGCCCGCAAUAAAUUUGACGACAAGUUCAAGUAGUCAAGUCGUCGCUUACAAGGCCAUGAACACUACAUGCACCAGCAGCUGCAACUAUUUGUGGCUCUUUGUUGUCCUGUCAUUUUGUAAUAUGUUCAUGACGUUUAUUUGUACAAUGCCGGCUCUGUCGGCAACGUUGCGUGUUGUUCGCGACGACCAACGUUCCUUCGCCCUAGGCAUUCAAUGGAUCAAGGUCAGGAUACUAGGUACUAUCCCGGCACCAAUGGUUUUUGGUAUCCUUAUUGAUGAAACUUGCAUUCUUUGGCACGAAACCUGUGAUGGACGCGGUGCUUGUCUUGUUUACGACAAUUUUUAUAUGAGCAGGUACAUGCUGGCUUUAGCCUUUAUUGGUAAAGCAGCAUCUCUGCUUUUCUUCUUCCUAGCGUGGUGGUGUUACGUACCACCAGGUGGCAGAAGAGUGAACCCUGAUCCUAGACAGGAGCCUGUCGCUACGUUGAUACUCAACGAUGUACCUGGUAUUCCAAUACCACGAGCUGCUCAUACAUAAAUCCAAAUUGAGACUGUCAUAUUGACAUUAUCAAAGUAUGGAAGGUUUUUGUGAUUUUGAAAAAAAAAAAUUAAUGACCAUGCUCACAUUUUACGUAUGUGAGGUUGAAAAUUGAUCGAAUAGAAAUUUUUAGAUUGUUAUAUUAGGUACGCGUUAUGUAUUUAUGAUACGAGGAAAGCUGUCCACUGCCAACAAAUCAUUCCAAGGAACCAACGCAAUUGACAAUUAUAGGGGACUUUGACUAUUAUCAACGAUAAUAAUGUACGCCCCACGUGGUUAUCGACGUACAUUAGAAAGAUAUAUAGGGACACGAAAGUGUGAAACAUUCUGUAGAGACUAUAUGUCAUGUAUUUUCAAUUUAUCAUGAAAGUUGUAGUGAUUUUAAAGGCAACGUGCUUGUAAUUGUAUAUGCCAUGUAUUUGUAGUUAUUUAUUGUACCGCUGUAAUGAAAAAAAAGUGCCCGAGUCGAAAAUCUAGCAACGGUAUGAGCCCAUACAAUCUGCAUUCCUUUGUUCUUUAGGUUUGCCAAUUGAAGUGUAACACCAGUUCACCCCCCUUUAGUCUACGAGAUCCUAUAUGCAGAACUUUGAGGCUAAUAGUGGGUUUAUCAAAAGCGGGUAAACAGAGAUUUAGAAGUGAAUAGCCGAAAAUGAAUUUUAACUUGAGAUUCCUACUGACAUCAUUAGUUUGGGUCCCUAAGCCGACAACGAGUUUAAUAGUUCUGCUUCAAAAAUAGGAAUGCGUUCUACUUCAAAAUGAAGUUUGUUAACACCAUUCUCAACCUAGAGUCGUCAUUUUUGGAUAUAACUUACACUUUGAGACUCAACUCAUAUAUUAAUAUCAGCCUCAAUGUUCUCGUGUAAAAUAAAUAGAUUACAACCGCUGUUAAAUUUUCGAUAUGGGCGUCAUUUAUGUACGUGGCCCUCGAUAAUAUUUGAAUAUUGAUAUUUUCCAGAAAAAAAUAAGUAUAACGUCUCCAUUCUUACUUUUUGUAAGCGUGCGAUUGAAGAGUAAAGAACAGGAGAUUUAUACGUAUCGUUAAUUAUAGUUGGAUAAAAACAAAGUAAUGAGAAGAAACACACAUGUGCAAAAGACAAAAUACCAAGAAAAAUUCUCCAUAUGUUGUAUCUGUUUGAACCUAAUAAGUUUACAAUAAUUUUAAUAAAUUGCAAUUUUUUUAUUUACAUAGUAUGGUGUAUUUUUAGCAAUUGCGCAUAUCUUUUGUGCACUUUACAUUAUAUAUGUAUAAGAUUAUGUUUUUAUUUGGGGAUUUUGUCUAUAUAUGUAUAUAGAUCUUAGCAAUAUUUGUGAUUGCUGUAGAUUUUUAACGAAACAUCAUACGUGUACCAUAAUUAUUGUUUCUGUGAAAAAAAGAAUAAAGCAAGACAACGGUAGGAGCUGUGGCCGUGUGUAAUACUUAUUAUUAAGAA